CUCGGCCAGCAGUGAUAAAAUUUCCGUCUCGUCGCGGGAAACUGGGAAAUUCGAAUAUUUGGGGCAUUUUGGGAGGACCGCUUGGAUGAUGUCGAGCGUGGACGAGUGAUUUUGAUAAAGGGACAUUUUUGGAUGUGGUUUUGUGGAUAGACGGAACACCUCCCAGUUUUUUUUGUUCUUCGGAAAAGUCAGUGAAGUCAGUGGGAAGGGCAGGAAAAGUGUGGAAAAGUCUGAUUCUCUUGGAUGGUUUUGAGAGAAGUGAGCACGCGAUAGGGGGUGCGUGUUACACAAAAGUGGGAUUGUGACGUGAACGUGAGAGAGGGAGAGGAAGAGAGAGAGAGAGUGUUCGUGUAAAGUUGGGAGUAUUUGAAUUCUCUCUCGUGAUUUUGUGGGAUAGGUGGAUAUUGGAUUUUUAUAUGUAAAGUAAUAUGGAGGAUCUGAAAGAUGGUGAAAGAUUUUAGUGAAAUGCAGAGUUAGAUUCGGGCUGAACAAGUGUAGAAAACCGACGAAACGCUACCGGAGGACACGGAUUAGGAUUAGAGCGUGGAGUUGAACCGUUCGGAAGUGCUAGAAGGUGGGCCUGAAAGGAUGAUAUCUGGCUGAAGGAAGGAAGCAAGAAGAUCAGAAAAAAGCUCCAACAAUUGAAAACUGCAGAUAAUCGAUAAAUCGGUGUUGAAUUUUUUUCCUCUCUUUCUGUGGCUGUGGCACCUCGAAAAAUAGUGAAGUUGACGGGAAGAAGGUGGGUGCGAAAAAAGGCAUAGAGGAGAGAAAGUCAGCACCCUUUUGGAAGAAGUUGUCGAGUUCAGCAUUUUCCUCCGGUGGAGGAAGUGUUCAGUAGUUGCUAAAUUACCCUUCCUUCGAGUGUCUCGGCGGUGCCAGGAUGAACGAGCUGGAAGCGCUACGGCAGGAAGCGGAAACGCUCAAGAAUGCCAUCCGUGAUGCCCGGAAGACGGCCUGUGACACGUCGUUGGUCCAGGCUACCAACAACCUGGAACCGAUCGGGCGGAUACAGAUGCGUACGAGGCGCACCCUGCGCGGUCAUCUGGCCAAGAUCUACGCCAUGCACUGGGGCUGCGAUUCGCGGAACUUGGUGUCCGCCUCGCAGGACGGCAAGCUGAUCGUGUGGGACUCGCACACGACCAACAAGGUCCACGCGAUCCCGCUCCGGUCAUCCUGGGUCAUGACCUGUGCGUACGCCCCGUCCGGGAACUUUGUGGCGUGCGGUGGCCUGGACAACAUCUGUUCCAUCUACAACCUCAAAACGCGCGAAGGCAACGUCCGGGUGUCGCGGGAACUUCCCGGCCAUACCGGCUACCUGUCCUGCUGUCGCUUCCUGGACGACAACCAGAUCGUCACCAGCUCCGGUGACAUGUCCUGUGGGCUGUGGGAUAUCGAAACCGGUCAGCAGUGUACAUCGUUCCUCGGACAUACCGGAGACGUGAUGGCACUGUCGCUGUCACCUCAGUUCCGUGUCUUCGUAUCGGGAGCGUGCGACGCCUCGGCCAAGCUGUGGGAUAUCCGCGAGGGUCAGUGCAAGCAGACCUUCCCGGGUCACGAGAGUGACAUCAACGCCGUUACCUUCUUCCCCAACGGACACGCAUUCGCUACCGGUUCCGACGACGCCACCUGCCGUCUCUUCGACAUCCGCGCCGACCAGGAACUGGCCAUGUACUCCCACGACAACAUCAUCUGCGGCAUAACUUCGGUGGCGUUCUCCAAGUCCGGCCGUCUGCUGCUCGCCGGCUACGACGACUUCAACUGCAACGUGUGGGACACGAUGAAGGCCGAACGGGCCGGAAUCCUGGCCGGCCAUGACAAUCGCGUAUCGUGCUUAGGAGUCACCGAGAACGGAAUGGCCGUCGCGACCGGCUCCUGGGACUCGUUCCUGCGCGUCUGGAACUAAGCGGACUUCAGCCUCAAAUCGACCUUUAAGUUUCAAACAGAAUGUGCAUUUUUUCGGAUUAGUUUCUACGUUUCGUUUUCAUUGGAUAGACAGAGGCACAAACACAUAUAUUUAUACGUAUUGUUUACGGCAAAAAUCUCGUUGUGAUAGUUUAAAAAUUCGCGCAAAUAUUUAUUCUAUGCUAAUUAUUAGUUUAGCUUUUUGUACAACUGUUUCUAAAUUUUUAUAAAUUGUUAGCGCAAAAGGAGUGCGAAAACCAGCGAGAACUGGUUUGCAACUUGCAUGCAAGUCGCUCACAAGCUUGUUUAGUGCUUGUUUCAGCAACAAGAUGGCGACACCGUAUGGAAAGUAUUCAACCGUUCUCGUUGGUGAAAUUUAAAUUUUAAUCUCAAUCAAUCAAUUUAUUAAAGUAUUGUUCAACUUUGAGUACAUUUUCUGUUGCAUAGCUUGCUAGAGGUGUCCAAUUUGGAGUUUAUACCUGGUUAUGCAAGAACAAACGUCGUGUCAACAUUUGCACUGCUCUUCUUUUGAGACAGUUUCGAAUGUUUGGCCAGCACACACACGCAUGUAUUACACAAACUCACUCUUUCUUAUGAUAAUCUAUAUUUACAAACACACACACACACAUUCGUCUCUUUGUAUUUGUUUAAUCUGUACAAUCAAGCAAGCACAACCUCUUAUUGAGAUCGAAAUGAGUUAGUUUAAAGAGUUGCAGGGAAAUGUGAACAUAAAGCAUAAAGCAGUUACGGAAUCACCUCCACCAUCUGCCCGAAGCUCACCAAGGGGCUAUAUCUUAACGGACAACAAACACGUGCAAUGUUUCCUUAGGAUACGGAGCUGUUGUGGCAGCGGUGGGAAGGGAAUUCCCCGGAACAAUUACACAAUCUGUUUUUUUUUUCUUUCUAAUAUACAUAUAUUUAUAAUUGUAGUAUUCACACAGAUACAUAUAUUCGGUACCAAAUGCUCUCCUCAUUCGAAGCCAUACUAGUUUUUCGUAUUUAUUUAGGAUGGCGCGCAGGUCAACGGAAAAGAAGCUGCGUCGCGAGAGAUUUUAGUUUUACACACUAGUCAGAGAGAAAGUAUUUUGUUAAUUUUAACUUUUAACAGCAUGCAAAGUUGCAAUCAUUCACAGGAUUUAAGUUGUUCUCAAAUGGAAAAAAAGUAUCAUUACAAAACAUUGUAUGAACACGUGUAGCGAUGCUACGUGUGAGGAUAUGUUGAACACACAAUACUACCAGCAAAUGCAAGAAUGCGACAGAAGAAUACACGCGACUUGUGAGAGUAAGAUGAAAAAAAAACUACAUCUAGAAUCAGAAUCGGGGCUCAACGCGGAUUUCGCUUCACGGUUGAACCACCAGAUGGCACCCUGCGGUGAUGCGUUUCUUGCAUACAAUCUCAAAGGUUGCAAACUUGGGUUGGCGCUGGGCUGUUUGGAAAAAGGGCUCUCCAGGCAGUCAACGGGGGACGGGUGCGUUGCCGAACGUACUGCACUGAUUGUAUUCAUUCGCGUGUUUUUUUUUCCGCCACACACCCCAAAACAAGAUCUUGGCUGAGGAGGGUUGUUGUAAGAAGUGGAAUGACUCGAUUUAUUUUAACUGUUUGUGGUUUGACGCAAACAUUUAACACAAGCAGAGCAGUUUAUCGAUUUUUUGCUCAAAAUUCCUCAAAUGUGUUUGAAACAAGACCGUCUAAUGGAAACAAUCAGCGUUUGAACGACGGUUUCGGUUCAUCCUUUGCGUCACCAAGUUGGAUGAGUGUGCGUGACUCGGUAACACUUCCAUUUGAGCAAACGGUUGGGCCAUUUCGCUGAGUCGAGUGGUGGUUCAAAUCAUUCUGAGAAAAGUGACUCACUUUUCGCGGUUUGAACGACGCAAGUCGCACUAGCUCGCAGAAAUCACGCCCAGCUUUGGUUUGCUCAGCUUUUCGGUGGUUCCGGAGAACCGAAAUCCGCAAAAGUAUCUGGAAUUGGAGCAUCCAAAGUGGGAGUUCUUUGGAUGAAUGCAAGAAAUUCUAGUAAGCGCCACACACUGCCUAGUAUCUUCAAGAAAAUGUGAAGUAAACAAAAAAAAACUAAACAAAUGAGUAAUGAGAAAAGUUAGUAAGGAAAUUUAAAACCAGCAAAACUCAGCAGAAUAAUUGGAAGAACCAAUAAGUUACUAGCGAACAAAAAGAAAUCACAUUGUAAUUGUGUAAUGCUUUUAUCAUUGUGUGAGCGCGCGCUGAUGAACAAAACGACACAAAAAAAACUAAAUGUGAAACAUUUCAACACGCGGAAACAAAACCAAAAUAGUAAAGCGCAUUUAAUGUCUAUUUAAAUUUGAAAAUUUAUCCUUUCCGUUGGGCUCGACUCGGAAAUCUGCACUUACUCUCGUCAAAUGGAAGUUCAUAAAAAUGUGUAAUCCAAGUUGGCUUCUUCACAGUGUAGAUGAAGCCUACUACGAUUGCGCCCGAAAGUAGGCAGAUUUCUGAAACGUCGAGCACUGAAACGUCUGCGCCUUCAUUUCGUUCGUUACCUUAUCUCCUCAGUGUACAAAGCAUACUACCAUUAGAAACACAGACAUACGGACAUCAAAGUAAAGCAAAAUGGAAAGGAAAACUCUUUAAUUGUGAAUUUCAAAACUGUUUUUGAUAAAGGACAAAAAAGUAAACACAUAAACACGCGUAAACUGAAGUUAUUUAGAUUAAAAACUAUAUAAUGAAAAGCAAACAGAAGCGAUUUAUGAAUACAAUUCAAGUGAAGAUACAUUUAAAUUACAGAAUAUUCCUAGGGGGCUUUUUAAACAAACAAACGAACGUUUCAAAAUGCGUCGUUUGUAUGAUUUAUGUUCUCAAAUAUUGAAACACAAAAAAAAACAAACAAGCCAUGCUGUUAAAAAUGUGCACUUGUACGAUUGAAACAAAACCGCAACAACAACAACAAAAAAUGAGUAAACCAACUUCAAACCGACCAAGAACAAGACAAAAAACAAACGCAUCGCUUAAACGCCAGAUUGCACUCUCACACAAAAGAAAACAAACAAAAAAUCCAUAAAAAAAACUUCUUCAAGGAUUUAAACACCUUGCAAAAAGAAAGCAAACAACCCAUCUUCACACAAACACAGUCGCAUCGCAAUUCACAACUGGAGAAGGUGAAAACUCAAAUUUUCCUAGACGCGUUUUUACACGAACAAGAAAAACCUCUUUUAAUAAGUGAACAAAACAAAACAAAAAGAAGCGAAAGAACGAAACACAAGCAAAGAGAGCGUGAAAAAGUUUAUACCUAAAUAAACAAAAGAAAUCAAUCAAGCGAAAAAAAAACUCGUAUAUUCAAAAGCGAAUAAAUAAGGAAAGUGAGUUAUACUUGUGGAACCUUAAAAUGACAACACAAAAACAUACACACACACACAGACACACUCUCGUGCUGAUUUGUGAUGAAGAAAAAUAAAUCGAGCAAACAAACAGCUAAACAACAAAACAAAAGCUAGCAUUUCGAAAAUGCGAAAAUGUGGAGGAAGCGUGAAUCGAGGAAAUAAAAAAUCGGUAAAAACCAUACACACGCAAAAAGUUAUCGAAAGCGGAUAACUAGAAAAAGAGAGCAAAAAAGUAACGGAAGAAGAAAACAAGUAAUCACCAUUUUUACACAUUUUGAGGUAUCGAAAAGUAAUGAAAAAGGAAAACUUAGUCAUUAAGGUAAAAAAAAUAAUAACAGUAUAGAAUACAAUUAACUUAUUAUGAAUAACAAAAAUAAAUUAAUAAGAACAAAAAUAAA